AUGGGUGGUCCGAAUGUUGGAGGAGCGGCGCAUUUGCAGACAGUGUCAUUACUCCAUCAGUCAUUCAAAAAUCCGAAUUGGCCUCCUAACUAUAUAAAUGCUGACAAUGUUCUGGAUUAUUUUUGCGACCCGGGCAAUGUUUUUUACGAUGUAUCCUCGUGCAAUCAGCACAUUCGUAUGCAAAGUUUGAACAGACCGUUGCACGAAUGUCUUCAGAAUAUGCAAGGCAUACAGUUCACGGUUGUUGGCGCGAAUCACCCUUUAUAUGUAAUCAUGAAACAACGACGAAAUAGUGUUAACAAUGUUACUCCACUUUGCUAUUAUUAUGUUGUGAAUGGAACGGUUUAUCAAUGCCCAGAUAUAUACAUGUUUACGCAGUCAAAAUUGGCAGGAGUAGUUGAUGCAUUACGGCAGGCACUCGAUCUUACUCGACAGUUCAAUCGCUAUAAUGUUGCCAAAGGUUACUUCUGGGAAUUUAAGCAGUCCACAGUCGAAAGCAAUAAGUUACUUUCUUUUGCUCGAAAUUUUUCAUUCCAAGAAGAAUAUAAUUUUAAGAGUAUAGAAGAAGAAGAAAAGCCGUUGACUGCACGAAGCACACACUUUCAACGAACAAGAACUGACAAUUUAUUGCGCGACCUAUUUGAUAAAUUUCCCCCUCCAGAUGGAAUGGUAUGCAUUCAUUAG